GCCUCACCUUGUGGCAUAAAUUACCGCUGCGCCCAGGCUGUGAUUAAGUGGGUUCGUGUGACUAAAGCCCUGUACAGGAUUAAUUGCCAGGUCUGUGCUCUGCUGUGGGUUGGUGAUAGAAGACACUAAGCAGCAGUGAAGUUUUUUCAAAGGGGAUUUGAAGCUGAUCAGCCACUUUCUCCUCUAGUACAUCACUUUCCCUGUUGGCGGACAAGUGGCAGGCGGCCUUUAAAUUUGAAAGUGCACAAGGGUGAAGACUGUAUAUUCAUUUGAAACAUUUGUGGGGGGGAGUGACAAAGGGUUCAGCCUCUCCAUUUAUCACUCAUGACUUCAGGAGUCUGCAGAGAGAAGAAAGCAGAGUUGCUGGCUUGCUGCUUGAGGCCGGUGUUUAUUUUUGUGACGCCCAACGCCGUAAACCCCCUCUCCCUGCCGAGCGGGCUUGGGAAUUUUGGGUUGGGGAGUGAGGGAUGCUCCUUCUCACGCCAGGUGUUGGUCAGACAGGGAGAGAUGUGCCCCACAGCACCUCCCUGUCCUGGUUCCUGCCUAGAUGGGGACCCCCUGCCCAGCGCCAUGAGGACGAACCGCUGCAGCCACCUGCCUGGAGUCCCUCCGGAGUGCCCGCGCCCCACGGCCCCCGAUGGCAAGAGCCUGCCCAGCAGCAGCAGCAGCGGGGGCCUGGCCACCAGCUGUCCCCAGUAUGUCAUGCAGGUGUCCUCCAAGGAUGGGCAGCUGCUCUCGUCCGUCGUGCGGACCCUCGCCGUGCAGAGCAGCCCCUUCAAUGACCGCCCCAUCUGCAGGAUCUGCCACGAGGGCAGCAGCCACGAGGAGCUGCUGUCCCCCUGCGAGUGCACGGGGACGCUGGGGACCAUCCACCGCAGCUGCCUGGAGCACUGGCUGUCGUCCUCCAACACCAGCUACUGCGAGCUCUGCCACUUCAGGUUCGCCGUGGAGCGCAAGCCCAGGCCACUCCUGGAGUGGCUGAGGAACCCUGGCCCCCAGCACGAGAAGAGGACGCUCUUUGGGGACAUGGUGUGCUUCCUCUUCAUCACCCCGCUGGCCACCGUCUCCGGCUGGCUGUGCCUGCGAGGAGCCGUGGACCACCUGCACUUUAGCAGUAGGCUGGAAGCUGUUGGCCUCAUUGCACUCACUGUGGCACUCUUCACUAUUUACCUCUUUUGGACCCUGGUGUCCUUCAGGUACCACUGCCGGCUGUACCACGAGUGGCGUCGGAACAAUCAGCGGGUGAUGCUCCUCAUCCCGAAAUCUGCCAACGUCCCCUCCACCCAGCAGUCCCUGCUGGGCCUGCAGCCCCUCAAAAGGAGCUCCAAGGAGACAAUCGUGUGAUUUGGGGUGGGGCUGUGCACUGGAGGUGUUUCUUUCUCAGACUGGCCGGGGUCGGGGCAGCGUCCGGCACCCAGGAAUGUGCAAUUUGGAUUUAUGGACCGACUGCAGAGGGAAAAGUCACAGCCAGAAUCCAAGUCAUGGAUGCUGAAGUCAUUUGUGGCAUUUGCUAAGCUGCCAAAUGUGUUUAGUUUAGCAGGGACCCUAUGGAUUCUGCAAAUGUGUUAAUUCUUGCGUCAUAGAGUGAUGCAAACUUUUUUUAUUGUUUAAAGUAUUAAACUAUGGUAAUUAACAAUGCAAAACAGGUUUAAAAAGUGCUUUGUUUUUAUGAUUUCUUGCUCCUACGGUACUGUUUCUUUAGGCAGCUGGACAGUAACCAAUGUUUCUUUCUGCUUCCUAAAGCACAGCAAUGGCAUUUCCUCAUUUGAUUUUAUCUGCAGGUCCAUGAUACAAAUGUUUUGAUUAUUAAAAUUUGUGUGUAAUGAGCUCUAGAAAUUGACACAUUAUUUAAAUGCUACAAAGUGAUUAGAAAAUCCUAUUACCCAUUUCCUAUUUUGCAGAGAAGGCCUGACAGGAAGAUUCUUCAGUUAUGAAUCUAGCAGGCACAAGAAAAAUUAAAAAAUUAGACAAAUUGCAGCAAUCUUCCUAUCAAAAGUAUUAUAGUACACAGCACUCAGGAAAAAAAAAGAAAAAAAAUGUACUUUUCCAUGAAGAAGCACCACAUUCUUCAGUGAGGUGCACAUUCUGCUGGUGUGAAUUCAAACUUGGCCAAUUUAUCCUGCAUUUACACCAGGCUGAAUUUAACUCAACAGCUUACUUUUGUAUAGGGAAAGCUCUGCAUACAUAAUGAAUGAGAUCAUCAGAUAAGUUUUAGGAAGCAGGGACUCAUCUUGCAUGAAGAACAGCAUUACUUUAAAGCAGCAGAAACUCCAGCUUGACAGGUAGGAUUUAGCAGAGUGUGUGCAAACCCUGACCUCUCAUGGUAGCACUGAGACCAAAAAAAAAAAUUAAAAACAUUUAAUACACAGUCUUCUGUGGUGGCCAAAUUGAAUUUGGAGUGUAAAGAUCAGACCUUAUUCCGGGGUGGCUUUAUCUGCUUCCCCUUGGUUUUAUGCCCACUUCAUUCAGCAAUUCUUCACUCCCAGAAGAGACACACUUAUGUGGACAGAUUUAUUUUAAAUAACUAUACAAGAUCUCAUUACCAAAUGCUGCUAGAAUUAAAAAUCGAUACAGAGCCUCUCUGAACAGAUGAAUUUCUUAGAAUUGUGUAUGGAUGGCAAUACCACCACGUGCUCUGUUUUCCAGACACUGCAGGAAUUGAAAAUCAAAAGGAAGUCAUAGCAGGAAGGAUAAUAAUUUGUUAUUCAUAAUGUUCAAGGUAUUAUGGGUAUUUGCCAUCAGACAAGAAGUUAUUUGAUGUCUUGUGCGUGCUCUGUGGCAGGGGUGGGAAGAAAGCUUAGUAGACAAAGCCAAAUCUGUUAAAUUUAUUUAUUCUGUCUGUGGACCAGUCUAGCUGUGAGCAUGUUAUUUAACAAUGUUCCGUGUCAGUCAUGGGGAUCGGAGAACCAUGGGGAUAUACAGCAAUAACAGCCUCAUUCCAACAGAAAGGAACUCACACAACCAGCCAAGGUGUGUAGUUAAAUCAUGAACCUGCAGACUCGUCUGACAAGGCUGGGGUUGCUCAUGUUUGGCUGUGAAUAUCUGCUUCUCUUCCGGAGAAAACGAUACAAGGCUCUGAAGACAAGGAUGUCACAAUCUCUGUGAGAGCCUAAAAACCUGUAGUGCUUUAUUUUUCUUUUAAUACCUCUUCCCAAAAGUCAAGAACUGUUUGGAAUGAAGACUGAAUGUGCAUUUAAGCAGAAUUCCAGAUCAAAAAUAAAUAAAUAAAAAUAUCUGUUGGCCGGAGCAAAGAAAUAAAGCAAAUCGAGCUGGGUCAGGAUGCUGUCAGUGUUUUAAUGCCCGCACACAUACAUUAGGUAAGCUUUCUUCAGAACUUUAUUACUGCUCUUGAAUUCCUUGAAAGAAUUUUUAUUCCUAGUGACUGGUAUUGUUGCCACUUUGCCUCAUGAAACCAAAAAUUGGAGUGAUUCGGAAUUAAGUGGCAAAACAUUCAGGGAAACAUUUAUUGAAGUGAAGCUGCGAGGUCCAUGCACGGAGAUCAGCACAGUGGCUUGGCUCAGCUCAUCUGUGUUAUUUCAGUUUUGGUUUUUUGGUCUUUUUUUGUCUUGUUUUUUUUGUGUGUGGAGACAUUUUUAUUUACCUGAAGAAGGCACAUUGAAGCAGAGAGAAAAAGUAUGGUCCAGUUUGGCACAUACAUGACUAACCCAGUUCCUGUGCUCGGUGCUGCAACACUUGAUGCAGAACUGCCUGGUGAAGCCACCAGCAGUAGUGUCCCAUGGAUUUUCUUAAGGAAAAAAAAAAAGUGGCAGGAAAGAUCCAGCCAGACACUUACCAUUGCAUUAAACCCAUGGAAACAAAAAACAAAAACACAAAACAGAACAACAGCAACAACAAAAAAAAAUCAACCAAAAAACAUACUUGUAUUCCUGUUUUUCUAAAACACAAGAACUGGGAGGUGAGAGAUAUUACUUCUUAAUCCCAGUUCUGCUCUAAAGAUUCACAGACAGAAGGAUCUGCCAGAUGGGAGCUGAUUUUUCUUCCACGAGUUGAUGCUGUAGAUGCCACACCAAGCCCAAAUUUCCAUUAAAAAACUGGAUCAUUACAGCAAACAUUCUACAACAGCAGCAACACCUACUUCUGUCUGAAUAGAAGUAAAAGUCAAAAUUAACCACAGCAGAAGGCAGAGCCAGCAAAGCUCCUGGCAGUACAAUGACACCUUUGCUAUGCUCUCCUUAAAAAGCAAAAUUAAUUAAAGAACAUAAUUAAUGAAAGGAUGAGUGACCAGCUUUUUAUUUUUUUAAAGAAUGUCACUCAACUUCUCUCUCAGAAACUUCAUGCUUUCUUCUCAUGAAGCUGACCUUGCAAUUUAUGUUCCUUUUCCAGAUAAGUUACAUAGAAGGAACAGUAUUCAACAGUAUUUGAGCCAGAAUUUCAAGUUGCAAAUGAUAAGAGCAGCCUGUUCUGAUUCAGUGUGAUGAGCAUAAUGCAAAAUGAGGAAGUUUUGCUUUUUUUUUUACAUAGUCUUUUGCCUGCAGGACUUGCCUAUCACAUUACAUAAAGAUUUAGAAAUACCCCAGCUUUCUGUUCAGCUGGAAGCCACAACAAAAGCCAUUAUUAAAGAUACUUCAGUUUUGGGCAACGUUUGGGGCAUUUUUUUCUUUCGUUACUCAACUGAACAGCUCUGCCAGACAUGAGACCUCAAAAUGUCAUUUACAUUUCAUUUAUUUAAACCAGCUUUGCACCAACACAAAGUCACACAGGGCAAAGUGAAAACUCUGCAAAAAAGGGGACCCAGAGCCAAUAUCUGGCCAUUGAUGCAAUGGGUACCAUCAGAAAGAGGUCUGGGAACAGAUACUGGGACAGACUCAUGCACUAAGAGAGCUAAAGAAGCUCUCCCUCUGAAAAAAAAAUAAGAAGGAAAAAAAAAACCCACCAAACCAAGCCUGUUAACAAUUAAAUAUCUUUACUUGCUACUUUUUGUGAGACACUCAUUUAACACUGGUUAAUUAAAGAAGCUUUUCCUUGCAAGC